AUGUUGUCAUUACGAAGUCUGGGAUCCACUCCAACCGCUGGAUUGCGUUUUAAAGAUCUUCUGAUCUCUCAGAAACGUCAAAUUUCCAUACUGUCGCAGUUGGAGCCUUCCGAAGGUUCCACCAAGGGCUACAAAAGACUAGGAAGAGGUCCAUCCUCGGGGAAGGGUAAGACUUCUGGAAGAGGUCAGAAGGGUCAGAAGGCACGUGGAAAGGUUAAGUCUUGGUUCGAAGGUGGUCAAACGCCCAUCUACAAACUUUUUCCCAAGAUUGGAUUCACAAAUGUUACUUCGCUCAAACUUGCGGAGCUCAACUUGGACCGGAUAAUGUGGUUCCAUAGAAAAGGUCGUUUGCAGCUUCAGCCUGAUGAAAUUCUUGAUAUGAAAAAAAUGAAGGAUCUUGGACUUGUCACAGGAUCUAUAAAGGACGGUGUAAAAGUUCUGGCCGAUGGUAAGAACCAGUUCAACCUUCCAAUCAAGAUCGAAGCUACUCGUGCAUCUCGGGAAGCUAUCAAGGCGAUAGAAAAGGCUGGUGGUGAGUUUACUGCUCGUUAUUUCAAUACGCUUGGACUUCGAGCUCAUUUGAGCCCCGAAUGGUUUCUUGCGAAGAGGGGCAGAAUCCCACUUCAAGCUCGGCCCGUCAAACGGAAAGACAUCGACUAUUAUAGCAAUCCAGAAAAACGAGGAUAUCUUAUUAAGGAGAGUCAUCCGUUGCUAGAACAAAUAAAUCAAGCCAGAGCGGGUGGUUCAGAGACACUAGUAAGAAGAAGUGUUAAGAAAUCCGCCCUCGAUGUGCAACUGGAAAACGUCGAUCAAUCUCGGGCUCCUCCUACUUCUGACUCUCGCAUUCUAACAUUGAGUGAGUUCAAGGCAUAG